AUGCCGGACACGAGGUUUAAGCCUGUUCCGGUGAAUGAGUCUUCAGCAUCCGAUGAAGAGUCUCAAUUGGAGCUCUAUCUUCAAAAACAAUUAGAAGAGGAUGUUGCAAGAAUAUUUGAUGAGUCUAUAUAUUCAGAUCUUGAAGUGGUGUGUGGAAAGCUAAAAAUACUAACACACUCUUGCAUAUUGAAAGCACGUACCCACAAAUUCUAUCACAAUCUUCAAACUAUUUUGCAUGUCAAUAUAGAUCGUCAUAUCUUUGAUGAAAUUUAUUCAUACAUAAGUGAUGCAUACACUGAAUGUGAUAUUAAGAAACAAGAAAUAGAAAUAAUUAAAUAUUUGAAGAGUAACUUUAUAAUACUUAACUCGGUCAAAACAAAAUCACACGCAAAAGAGGAAGAUGCAGAGUUAUAUCUGACGCCUAAAUGUGUCAGUCCAUAUGGCGAAGACAAUAUACUUAAGAGCAAUGUCACAAGUCCCAAUACAGAACUUACGAAAGAAUAUUACGCAUUGGUACCAAUAGAAGGAAAUUUGUUGGACCAAGAGUUGAAUGAACAAGAUGCUCUCUCAGAUGCUUUUCAAACAAUAAUCAAAACUCAACAUAAGUCCUUAUCUGUUAAAAACGUACAGCACACCAAACCUACUACCCUCUCGCUUACUUCUAGUCACACAGCCAAAACCGUGAAACAUUCCAUUAGUUGUGAUAUUAUUAAUAAUUGUCGAAGUACUUAUAACGUGGACUAUGAGAUUAAUGGUGAAUAUACAACUAAUAAAUGUGCUGCUAUUAAAAAAUUUGAAUCAAGAGAUCUAACUGAUCAAUCCUAUAAUAAUUUAAACAGUAUUGAUCUAAGAACGGAACAAAACUUAACCUCAACUUGUUCACCAGAUAGUCUUAUAACUGAUGAUCCCAGUUCUUCCUCAGACUAUUUAUCUGCAGCUCCAGGUUUGGGCUCUAUUGAAUUUUUCCCACAAUUAUAUGCUGAUGAAAAAUUUAGCAAAAUGAACAAUAUCUUUGCGUCAUCUGAUUCCGGGUUAGAAAACACUGGUAUAUUAGAUACCAAUAAAGAUAUUACAACAACUGAUGUAUCAUUAACAGAAAGUACUUUGCACGACCUGGCUACGGAAGAUACAAAUCCGUCUUUAGAUUGUUAUGAUUCUUUCAAUCCUGAGCACAUUUUAUCAUCCAGAGAAGCUGAGUUAAAUACAGCAGAUAGUUCGGCAAGAAGUCAUACAGCUCCAAGAGAUUCAGGCAGCAAUGGGCUCAAUGAUGUUCCCGGGAAAAAGGACCCGACAUAUUCAAGAAAUACAAAAGAAGAAAAGCAGCGUAUGAAUGAAGAAAUUGUUAUUCUUGAAUCCUCUUCGAUAUCGUCCGAGACGGGUUCCUGGGAGUCAGUUUUUCCCCCUAAAGGCUCAAGUAAAGAAAUUUGUGAAAAGUUUAUAUCUAAUGAGCGACUUGUUAAUGAUCAACUAUGUACUAAGCCAAGUGGACUUUGCAGUGAAUCUGUAACAGCCAAUGAAAAAAUUGAAAUAAAACCAACUCCUUGCUUCAUAGAUGCCUCGAGUUUAGUUGAUGAAGAAAAUUACAUGAAAGUGCCCCAUGUUUAUAAAAAUGAAUGUGUUAGAUCUGAUACUGUAGUACCUACUCGCCCUUUACCCUGUAGUACAGCUCACAAAUCAGACAUUAGUCCUAUUGAUUGGUCAGAAAAUAAUGAUGAUUCUCUGGAGCAACCAUUAAAUAUAGAUAGUGAUUCAAUUCAGAGAGAUCUAUCUCCAACCAUAUUUGAAAUGACCCCAAUAAUUGAUGAUUCCUUUGGCACAAACGUGUUCGAAAUGGAUUUGGAUGAUAGUGCUGAUGAACCAAAAGUAAAUAAUGAGAAUGAUAAAGUCAAUGACGGUCCUUAUAUGAGUACAUUAUUUUUAGUCUCAACGCCAAAUAAUUCAAUUUUAUCAGUUCAGCCACAUACAGACCAAGACCCGAAUGAUCCUUUUUCAUCUCAAGCAUGUGACAAACUUAGUAGUGGAGACACCACUUCAAUAAUUACUGACGGUACUACAAGAACCAGGAAUUCUUUUGAAGGAAGCAGUCACUCCAUAGAAUCAACGAUGAAGUCAAACAAGUUAUCUGAAUUAUUAAAUAACAGAAAUGACAUACAAACAUCUUCUUGGGUUGUUGAUAUGUCUAUCAAAGCAUGUAACAAUUCUAAACGGUUGCAAAAACCCAGUGACAGGACCUGCGAAGACCUUAAAAGUGAUAGAUAUGACCUUAAUAACAAAAGCCACAGCUCUGUUGACUCUGACAGUGAAAAGUCCAGUCAUAAGUUUUAUAUUGACCUUUCUAGCUUACCAGAUACGUUAGCGCUUGAAAAGACCGAAUCUGAGAGCUCGCACGAAAAGAAAAAUAUAUUCUCAAUGUAUAUUGAAUUAGGGGAAAACGGAUCAGUAAAAGAAAUGCCCAGUAGAUUAUCUUCAUCACUCAAUGCAAAGAAGCAAUGCGACAAAGAUAAAGCUAUACCAAAGCCAUCGCGGACCGCAAAGAAAAUAAUUGAAAACAACCACAAAGUUGUACAACCACACAUAAGCGACGUUACACAAAAAUCUAUUGCGGAGGAUUCCUUUGAAAAGAUCGAAUCACUAUGCAACGAUCCCAAUAUAAGUAUAACCGAAAUUAUAAACCUGCCAGUUGCAUUGAAACGCAAAAACGACGAUAAGGAUUUAUCGCAGGAGAAAAUCGCGAGCAACAAAAGCAAUGAACAUCGAAAAACUAAAUUGAUAACCGUUAUACCUGAAGAGUCGGAUAAAACUUUUGUUAAACUAUCCGAUCUCGACAAACCAGUGACAAGAUCGGAUAUAGCCGUGCAUGUGAGAAAUGACGACCCUGUCGAAGUGAGGAUGACGAGGUCGAUACCAGAUAACAAUUGGGGGAAGGGGGAUGCGUCUUCGCGAUGUGAUGUACUUAGUUCGUUUCACUCGGAGAACGCUCUGAGUUUGAAUAGACUCUUUCCUCACCUGAAGAAUACAUUCAGCAGAAGCAUGCCUGGUUCGUUAUCUGUGACAAAGCCGUCCAAACGGGGUGCGAGUUUUAGCGAAGCUGAUGAUCAUGUUACGGCGGAUGUUUCUGAACUUAGCAGCGUUCAGAGCAGUGUAUGCCGCUCUGUCGUGGAAAACAGUACCACAGAAGAUACGAGUCAGACCUCGAGUCUUAUAGCGAACUGUCAAUCUCGCCUUGGCCAGGAUCUAUUGCGAAUGUUCUUGGAAGAAAUCGCUCCAGACGUCAUCGUGGAGGUUUCCGGUAAACGAAUAAAGGCACAUAAAUGCAUUUUAUCCUCAAGAUGCCAAUACUUCGCGGGUAUUUUGAGCGGAGGUUGGGUCGAAAGUGCUGGAAACAUUAUUGUACUCCCACCGUUUUCGUUCAACGUCGUUCAUUUCGCCCUGUGCCAUAUCUACUCGGGCAUAUCGGCAAUACCUGACACUUUGAGCAUUGUUGAACUCGCAACAAUAGCUGAUAUGCUGUGCCUCGAAGGUCUCAAGGAAGCCAUCAUGUUCACGCUUAAGGCGAAAUACUGCCAUCACUUUCAUAAGCCCUGCCAAAUUUGUUCUGCUGGCGUACUGGAAUGCCUUACUUUAUCAUCCGUCUACGGAUUGGACGAUCUCUAUCGCAAAUGCCUAAGAUGGAUAAUGAAGUAUUUUCCUAAAGUUUGGCCUACUAAACCGUUUGCGACGCUACCUAAAGAACUUUUUGAUAAAUGUUAUCAAGAGGUGGUUGUUAAUCUAUCGAUGGAAAACGUCAUCGAUACGGUAUAUGGAUGCGGCAUUACAGUUGCGUCCUUACCAAACAGCCGUUGGGCGGAAACCGUAGCCCGCAUGUGCAGGAGAGUCGUCAACGCCGCGGCCCAUUUCACAGCGCCGCGUCUCUUCUCCAUCCUCAAAAUGAUCUCGUCUCUAUCUGACGACAUGCACCAAUCCGCGUACCUGAUGCUGGACGAGUGUCUGAUGGCAGCUAUAGAAUGGGCCCCACCAGAAGAAACUUGUCGUUCUUACGCCUUCCUAACCACUCUAAUCAUACACUACGCCACAACGUCCCCAACUUCCAAGCACUUUCUCCGCAGAUUCGUCAACCAAUGGCGUGUUCAAUGCGAAAGCUCGCUAGUAAGAUCCGCCCCGCGCGUCGUCGGGACACUAGCGUUUAAAGAGCUCUCACCCAACUUGCGGAAACGGCUUCGCGAAUUAGGCUGCAUCAUGUACGGACCGCAGACUGUACCGUUGACUGCCUCGCCCCUGCAGGACAGGAAGAGCAGAAGCGUGUAUCAGAACAAGCCGGUCGCCAAGCACGCGGCCGCGACCCGCAGUCUCGAUCUGGACCACGUACGCAGUUCACUGGCUCCUCUCAAGAUGACUCAAACUGUGAACCGGAUGAAGUCUGAAUCACGCGAAAAAGACAAAACUAUCCCCAAAGUCCGUACAACGAAGGCGCAAGAACAACGCGCUAAAUACAACCAGACCAAGACGGUGACGCAAGAUCGUAGUGUGAAGCCAGUGGUUCGACCUUACGAGAAUACCAAGCCUCGCUACAUGGAACCGAAGGUUUGCAAGGAGGAGAAGAAACAACUGCUGGCCUGCCCAAAGAAGUCGAGUGAUUCCUCGCGUAAUUCCAGUCCGGUGCUCAUGAAGAACUUCAAGAGAGCCGCCAAGAUGAAGGCGAUUUCCCAAGACAGCUUGAUGAGUUCGUCGCGGCCGAGGACCGCUGAGCCAUCGACGGACUCGCUCAGUGAAUCCAACUCGAACAACAAGUACGCGACAUUUACUAAGACGAAGCACACGGGCGAAGGAUCAGUUGAAUCAGUGAGGUCGACGAAACCGCACACGUCGUCCGCGCAGAACGUUAACGCCAAAACGAAAAUACCCGUGUUAAGCCAGAGCGCGGUAACCAAAAAUUACGACAGACACCAGCAUGAGAAGACAAAUAUGUCGCCUUCAGGGAACAACGCGAACUCUGCGAAAUUGAAAAAUAAAGGCUGCAUCAGAAGCAUUCCCGGCUCCCUUAUGAACGCGACAAAGUCCAGUUCAGCGAAAAUGGUCACGAAGAUUGUUAAAGAUGUAACACAGAGUAAAAUCAAUAAGAAAUCACCGAAGGCUUCCAAGGACGACACCGUCCGUCUCAACAACAUGAAGCGAUCUAACACGUUCUUGAAAGAUGAACCGACGUUUGGCGAUAAAACAACUAAUAUCGACGUAGACCAUUAG